AUGAUAUCUAAUGAAACGUUAAUAGCCGGUGAAGAACUCUUGAAUGAAUUAUGUCACAAUUCAUCAAAUGAUUUUGACGAAUUUUCGUUAGAGCUUGUGAAUGAUCUUUUACAGAGAGAUAUUGAUUAUUUGAAUAUCAAUGGUUCAGUAAUUAAAGAGGAAAACGGGGAUACAUCAUCGACAAUUGAGGUGAAUAAAUUUCAAUUAAACAUACCAAUUGGAAACAGUCCGUUAAAAGAAUAUACUACACCUGCUCUUAUUUGUCGUGUAUGUGGCGCACCAGCACAUGGCUAUAAUUUUGAUCAGAUUACUUGUGAAUCAUGUAAAGCGUUUUUUCGUCGAAAUGCAUUAAGAAAUAUGCGGAAUCUAAAAUGUCGCUUCACUGGUAACUGUGAUAUUGAUAUGAAAAAUCGUCGCCUAUGUACUUAUUGCCGAUUAAAAAAAUGUUUCGAUAUUCAAAUGCGCAAGGAAUGGAUACGUACUGAAGAGGAAUGUCAAAUGCGACAGUUAAAAAAAUUAACGAAUCAACAAAAACCAUUAAAUAAAUUAUCAUCUGAUGAACUUAAAUGCAUUGGCUAUCUUCCAUUAGUUGUACAAAGAAAAAAACGUCUUAAACCAUUAAUGUUAAAAAACGUAAAACUAGAACGUGUUCUAAGAAUCGAACCAAUUAAUCCAAUCCGAACGUUGGCUAUUCAUCGUAAUUUAACUGAUGAGAAUAGAACUAUAUUAAAUAAUAUUGUAAACGCUUAUAAAUUUGGAGCUGAUCAAGCUGAUUUCUCUCAUAUGAGUCGAUAUACAUCAACAGCAACAUUUACACAAUUUUUAAACGAUGAAACUGCUAUGUAUGAAUCAUUAAUUUAUUAUUUUAAGCAAAUACCCGAAUUUAAACAACAUGGUCUAGGUGAUAAAAUUUCAUUAAUUAAAUAUAAUGUACUUGAUUUAAUACAUUUACAUCAUAUAAUAGUACAAGAUUUUCAUGUACCAUCACAAAUUGGCCCACAUAUGUCACGAUGGAUGGGUCCAAAUUUUCACGAGCAAAUGCUAGAAGCACGAAAAAAAUACGAUUGCUUUAUGAAAUAUCCACUUAUAUUAAAAAUAUCAUUGAUCGUAUUUAUAUUUAGUAUUAAUUUAUCAACACCUCAUGACAGUAGUCAAUUUAUGGACUACACAAAUAAAGAACAAAUAUAUGAAUGUCAAAGUUUUUAUGCCUUAUUACUUUGGCGAUAUUUAAAUUAUUUAUUUGAUGAACGUGAAGCAAUAAGAGCGAUGCAGUUUAUUGUUAUGCUACUUUUACGUUUUCAAACAUUAAUGACUGCCAUCGACGAAAACAUACGUAAAAAUAACUUACAAAGUGACUUUAAUCCAUUGAUGAGAUCUGUUUUGAGACUAACUUGA